CAAAAAUUUUUGCUAAUUGGAAAUUGAAUAAGAAAGUGUAAAUUUAUAAAAACAAAUUUAAAAAAAAGUAGCUUUCUGACUUUUAGUUGCUAUCUGAAAAAGCGCACACGCAUAAAUAUCAAAAACAAAAACAAAAAAACGCCAGCAAAUGUGAGCGCGCGCGUCUCAACGCUUAGCAAAUAAAAGCGCGCGUCUGUAGAGUGCUUUUUUCCACAAAAAAAAAAUAAAUUUAUAAAAUUUCAGUAAAAAAUUGGAUUCCAAAACGCCAUAAAAGUAUUUCAAUGAAAAUGGUAAAAAUUGCUGGCAUACCGCCGUCGAACGCGCUCAGUGAUCAUCAAGCGUUAGCGCUCAGCUACAGCCAACAUAUACACAGCCAGCAGCAGAAUAAUAACCAAAAUCCCAACGCGCAGCAAGAAAGCGCUAACCACCAACACCCACACCAACUGCAGCAUCAGCAACAGCAGCCGCAGCAGGUGGCGCCUACAAGCAUUGCCUCACACACCGCCGCCUACACGCUCGCCGAGUCCGCGCUGCAGCAUUCGCUGCUCUAUAAAAUGGCGCGCACGCCCCACCUAAAGUCCAGUUUCUCGAUCAAUGCAAUUCUGCCCGAAACGCUAGAGGAUCACCAUCAACAGCCGCCAUCGCCACAGCGUUCACCGCCACACCAGCCGCAUCAUCAUCAUCACCACCACAAUAACAACAACAACAACAACAACCAUCAUCCUCUCCACACCAGCAGUCAUCCGCUGCAACAGCACCCAGCGCUGCAACAUCAAUAUGCCUUACACGCGCAACAACAACAACAAAACUAUCCACCACCGCAUGAUAUCGAUAAGUACCGACGCAUGCCGCCCGUCGACUUUCACGCCUGCCACUCACCGCUUGGCUCUGAGGAGCAUGACGCCUCCGAGGUGGAGUCCGAUCUCGAUGUGACCAGCAUGUCACCGCCGCCGCUGACGGAGGGUAGUGAGGUGAGCGCGCAUAGUUUGGAAAAUGGUCAGCGUAAAUACGCGCGCCGCAAUGGACGUGGCGCGCGGGAAGGCGCGUCGAUAGGCGGUGGUAUCCACGCAGAGGAGAGCGCCGAUAGCGAGUUGGAGGGCGCGGAUGAAGAUGUGGAGGGUGAGCUGGAUGGCGUCGCGGAUGAGGAGUGCGAAGAGGAGGAUGUGGACUGCGAUGCGGAGGGUGAGGCGGGCGAAGGAAAUGCGGCGGGUGACGCCGCCGAUGCCGAGAAAACAGCGGAUGGCAAGCCGGCGAGCGACAAGAAGGGCAACGAGAAGCCACCCUAUUCCUACAAUGCGCUCAUCAUGAUGGCCAUACGGCAGAGUUCGGAGAAGCGGUUGACGCUGAACGGCAUCUACGAGUACAUAAUGACCAAUUUCCCCUACUAUCGCGACAAUAAGCAGGGCUGGCAGAAUUCGAUACGCCACAAUCUUAGCUUGAAUAAGUGUUUCGUGAAGGUGCCGCGCCACUAUGACGAUCCGGGCAAGGGCAAUUACUGGAUGCUCGAUCCCUCGGCCGAGGAUGUGUUCAUUGGCGGUUCCACGGGUAAGCUGCGGCGACGCACUACCGCGGCUUCACGCUCACGCCUCGCCGCCUUCAAACGAUCUCUCAUCGGUCCCAUGUUCCCCGGUCUGGGCUAUGCGCAAUUUGGCCAAUUUUUAUAUCCACAACAAGCCGCCGCCGCCGCCGCCGCUGCGUCCGCUGCUACGGCGCCCAGCCUGCUGGCCAGCAUGUACAACCGCUACAGUCCGUUUAUGCCAAAGAGUCCGGCGGUGGCGGCGGCAGCUGCUGCUGCGGCCAACCUGCCUAUGUCUAUGCAAUUUGGCGGCGCUCCUAACUCACCCGCCUCCGUUAUGGCCAACUACAGCAGCGGCAUGGAGCGGCUGUUGGGCGCCUGUGGGCCUCAUCAAACGCAUCCUGCCGCCGCUGCAGCGGCAACCAGUGAACUUUAUCAGCGUUUGCAAUAUCAGCAAUUGCUGCAACAGCAUGCCGCCGCGGCGGCCAUAGCUGCGCAUCAGCGGCAUCAACAACAUUUGGCUGGUGCUGGUGCGCCAGCGCCUGCGCCCCAAUCUGUCGUCGUUCAGCAUCCGCAACACGGCUCAGCACAUUUGCAACACUUGUCGGCGGUGGCGCCACAUCAACAGCAGCUGCAAAUAGGCGCAACGCAUGCACAUCUGGGCGCGCAACAGGCCUCACCCGGCCAGCCCAUUUCGCCGACGGCACAAUCAGCGACGCCAGCGAUGGCGGCGACGGUAUCACCGAUACUCAAACCAGUGACGGUGGUGGCGCGCAACGAUAGCUGAGUGGGCGCCUGGUUGUGCGGCGCGGCAGCAGAGGAGGCUGUAUGUAUAUAGUUAUAGUAUAUUUAAGUAUGUAUUAUAUAUAGUUCAUAAAUCUGUUAGUUAAUAACUAAACAAGAACAAAAAA